AUGGAGACUACGCACUUGGUAACGGAAUUCAUCACCCAUACUGGAGCUAAUACACAGGACGCCGUCAGCUGUUUAAAAUCGUGGGAAUGGGAUUUGAAGAAAGCGCUUAUCGAUUACAAUGAUACAUCGACAACUGAAUACUUCAACAAUAAGAAAAAUGAAAUCGAUGUUCUCAUGAAAGCUAAAACAGCACACACAUCCUCACCACAUGUUUGUGGAUCUGAUGUUCUAGUAGAAUCUCCAUCAUUGAUGAAAUCGACAUUAACGGGAUCGAUGCUUUCUUCGCCCGCUUCUUCGGUUGUGCCAUGCAGCAAUCAGCACCAAAAGCAACAGUUGACUCACUCCGGGUAUCAACUGAAGAACGGAAGCGUGGACAAAACCGAUUUAUUUGUCGGCAGUAACAACAGUACCAAUAGUAACAACAGUAGUUCUACAUUGCAUGUCUACACACCAAGAAGCAAGAAAUCUCCAUUUGGUUUGGAAACUGUCAUCAAUGCACAUCGUCCUCAUCAGUACCAACACUGUAACAAUACAAUUACGAGCACACCUAGGGUGGGAAUUGAAAAAUUUGAACGUUGCUGCAGCGAAGUGGACUCAUCAUCACUUAUUCCGGGUGCAUACCAGAAACCGAUGCUAAUCAAAGCCGAUUCGAUUGACAUUCUCGAUUGUAAAAAACUGGAGCGAGGAAUCUCACGGGCAACUGAAAAUGUAACAUUGGUGUCACGUGCACGGCAAGAAUUUGAAAUGGAUUUCCACGCUCACAUUCACGAACAAAAUGACAAAAACCUCAAUUUUAUCGACACGCCGGACUACACGUUCACGCUGCCGGAUUUAACCAAGUAUAGGGACGAUUUUAGAAAAUUUCUCGAAAAGGAUCUUAUUGAAAGCUCUACAUUGAACUCACUUGAGGCAACAAACCGUUUGAACUGGUGGUAUGAAUCGGGAGCCUGUCGAAAGCUGUGGCCAUUAGCAACAACUGGGGAUGGCAAUUGUUUGUUGCAUGCCGCAUCACUUGCAAUGUGGGGUUUCCACGACCGCCGAUUGACAUUGCGGCGCACUUUGCAUGACAUAUUAUCGAAGGAAGAUUUCCGGGAAGCACUGUACCGGAGAUGGCGUUUUCAGCAAACACGCGUUAACAAGCAGGCAGGUUUUGUUUUUUGUGAAAGUGAGUGGGCCAAAGAAUGGGAAGAAAUCGUGGCAAUUGCAUCACCCGAACCGAGACGCAAUUCGAAAAGCACCGGUCCUUCACGACGCCGUUCGUUGCUUAUCGAAAAGAGCUUUGAUGCAGGUGCCCUCGGCCCAGCAUCGAUUUGUGCGGACGACGAAAAUGCAAUCUACGAAAGUUUGGAAGAGAUUCAUGUACUGGCUUUAGCUCACAUUCUUCGACGAACGAUCAUCGUGGUGUCCGACGUAUUUUUACGGGAUGUUAAUGGAGAAGCUUUUUCCCCUAUACCUUUCGGAGGCGUUUAUCUACCGUUCGAGGUGCCAUCAAAUGAAUGUCAUCGAGCUCCACUGUUGCUGGCGUAUGAUAUGGCACACUUUUCGGCCUUGGUUGCCAUGGAAACUGCGAAUGAUAUGCCUCCUGCAUUGAUUCCGUUGGUUGAUGCAACAAAUCAGCUUCUACCGAUACAGUUUUGCAUCGAUCCUGGAAAGGAUUUUAUCUGGCAAGAGUACGAUGGCAGUGACGGAAAUUGGACGCUCACAGAUCGCGAACAUAUUGCGCUUUUGAAAGAAUAUCUUGAUAUUGUCCAUGCAACUGGCAUCGAGAGUCCCGAUGAUGAGAUCUAUUAUGACGAUUACUCGGAUGAUGAGUAUGAGAAAAAAAUUGCUGAAGGAGAAAUAGUGUUUACCGCAGAUGAAAACUACAACAACAACCUAACCAUCGUGUCAACUGGAGCUUCAGGAACUAUUUCAUCUACCCCAACGUUAUCAUCAACAAUGGCUAAAAUUAGCAUCACAGCGCCGAUAGUAGUUCCUUCGUCGUCGGUUAGCGGUACAGUCUCCUCUAUGACCACCUCCAGCCAAUCGUUGGGGGCGACUAGUGGUAAGGAUGUGGGAAGUAAAAGUAAAGCCGCUAAACAACUGCAGAGCGUUGCAAAGCAAUUUGGAAGCAUCGGUAAGUCGAUGAGUCGGAAGCUGCGUAAAAACAUUGGCUCCAUAACCCGCAUCGGCAGCAAGCAAGGUGGUAAUGCUGGAGGGCACAGCAAAAAAGCAGCUCAUGACAAGAAUGCUCUCCGUGGAGAGUACCCCCGUUUUCGAAUUAUUUGCGCACAGCUAAAAUCACGGCGCCAUGAGUAUCAAGAAGAAAUGAUAAAAAAUUAUUUGGAAUGCGCUCAAGAACGCUAUUCGGAGGCUGAGCGUUUACGCGAUCGUAAGGAGAUGGAACGGAUGACAAAGUAUGUAGCGGAAGUAGGGCAAACCAACCAUUCAAGUGACUACCACGAUGACAUCGGUUGUGAUAGAGGGGUAGCAGAGCUCCCCGAAGUUUAUGGAAACGACCUAGUGAACUGUAUAAAUGCCGGAUGUCUGAACUAUGGUACUGCAGCUACCAGUUAUAUGUGCCUGGAAUGCUACGAAAUGCAAUGCAAGAGAGAGUCGAACUGUAGCAGUAACAUAAAUCAAUCCAUCCCACUGACCACGGAUCAUGCUCUCCGUUAUGGUACCGGAAAGUCAAAAUUUUAUGCUGAAGCUGAUAUGGAAACACAUGAUCGUAUCCAACGAUUGCCCUCGGCAAAGCGAUUGAACGAUCUUGAUCAAACGCUUUAUCUGUCGCGGUCUACUUUCUAUAAUGACACCAAACUAGAAGAUAUCCCCAGUGGCUUGGCAUUUAGGCAUGUGCCAUCAAGUGUCUCAGCAGAGCAGUCUCCUGGUAUUAUCGGAAGGCAGAAUUGUCAUGUACAACCCAAUUACCAUCAUCACCAUCACCACUUUCACGAGGAUGGGGGAAAUGGAAGUGUUGAUAACCAACGGACAAACCAUACGCAGCAAUUCUUCCAACCGCGCACCGCAAGUAUAAACAGCCCUUUUGCGUCUAGUUCCGUGACAGAGCAAAUUAACAGUGCCAAACCUCCAAUCGUGCCGUCUUCCGAAUCGCUAGCUUCCAGUAGUAGUACUGCUGUUGGUACCAUGUAUUUGUCUGGUGGAAAUGGCACCUACACUGGAAAUAACGUCAAUCAGAUCGGAAAUACACAGUUUAAUCGUGCUUCAACAUUAUGUGUGGUAAACCUUCCACCCAUUUCGGGAAGCACGAGCGUCAACAAAUGUGGUGAACUUAUUAGCCUCGAUACUCCAUAUGUACCAUCAACAUCUGGCGAAACUUCGCGGGCUCAUAAUCAACCAUUUUCCUCUUCUUCCUCCUCAUCAUCGCUUGGUGGUAGCAGUGGUUUGCAAUCGUCCCCAGCUAUUGUUAACAGUAGCCAUUAUGGUAAAAAUCAACUUUGUCGCACAGAGGGCUGCAAGUUCUACGGCAGUAUCAAUACAAAUUUCUAUUGCUCCAAGUGUUGCCACGAGUAUAACAUUUAAUUCUGAGUCCAUGAAAGCUGCUCUCUGAGUCCACGAAUAAAGUGUAAUGUUUGGAAUAAAGACACUUAUUUUCGAAUGUGGUCAUUGUGAGGUACAGUGAAUGCCUGUGUAAAGAGAAAGGAAAAUGAAAAUUUAAACCAAGCAACAAAAGAAAUACGAAGAUUACAGGAACACAAAGAUUAUAUUGGCUGUUGAUGUAGCUUAAUGUAGUAGCAGAGUCAGAGAAAUUGUGAUAAAAUGUAAAUCGUACCCAAAACAAUAUUAUGAAUGCAUUAGCGUCGCGAAAAUCUUUCAGUUAAAAUGUUGUGUAUAGUUUGAUAAAAAUUUCUGAUAUCCGCUCAUUUUGCUUCGGUU